AUGGCAGCCGCACCUCAAUCGUUCUACGAGCUUUAUCGCCGUAGCAGCAUCGGUCUUGCGCUGACGGACAUGCUCGAUGACCUCAUCAGCGAGGAGCGCAUCCAUCCCCAGUUGGCGAUGAAGAUCCUGGCAAACUUCGAUCAGGCUAUAACAGAGGCCCUGCAGAAGAGCGUUAAGGCUCGUCUCACCUUCAAAGGAAGCUUGAGCACCUACCGUUUCUGCGACGAAGUCUGGACGUUUCUUAUCAAGAACGUGCAAUUCAAGCUCGAUAAUGGUGGGCAGAUUGUCACAGCCGACAAGGUCAAAAUCGUCAGCUGCAACGCCAAGAAGCCUGGCGAAGGGCCUUGA